UCGGCCGCCGCCGCCGCGAUGGCCCAGCAGCAGAUGACCAGCUCGCAGAAGGCCCUGAUGCUGGAGCUGAAAUCCCUCCAGGAGGAGCCGGUGGAGGGCUUCCGGAUCACCCUGGUGGAUGAGUCCGACCUCUACAACUGGGAGGUGGCCAUCUUCGGACCCCCCAACACCCUCUACGAAGGCGGCUACUUCAAGGCACAUAUUAAAUUUCCUAUUGACUACCCAUAUUCACCACCUACCUUCAGAUUCUUGACCAAAAUGUGGCACCCCAACAUUUAUGAGAAUGGAGAUGUAUGCAUUUCGAUUCUUCAUCCACCUGUUGAUGACCCACAGAGUGGAGAACUGCCUUCAGAAAGGUGGAAUCCUACUCAGAAUGUGAGGACUAUUCUGUUAAGUGUAAUCUCUCUGCUUAAUGAGCCCAACACCUUCUCCCCAGCCAAUGUGGAUGCUUCAGUUAUGUUCAGGAAAUGGAGGGACAGCAAAGGAAAAGACAAAGAAUAUGCUGAAAUCAUUAGGAAACAGGUUUCAGCCACUAAGGCCGAAGCAGAAAAGGAUGGAGUGAAGGUCCCCACAACCCUGGCGGAAUAUUGCAUCAAAACUAAAGUGCCUUCCAAUGACAACAGCUCAGAUUUGCUUUAUGACGACUUGUAUGAUGACGACAUUGAUGAUGAAGAUGAAGAAGAAGAAGAUGCCGACUGUUAUGAUGAUGAUGAUUCUGGGAAUGAGGAGUCGUGACGCGCUCCUUCAGUGCCCCUGUACUGCCCUGCCGUCUCAGGCCAAAGGGAGGGGAGCAAGUGGGGACCUAGCAGUGGCCCCUCAGCAAAAACCUAUUCAACAGGGGGUGGGGAAACAAACACGGCUCCUGCUGACUCACUCCCCUUAUGGAUCUCAGUUUGCUCCUUUUUAUGGACCUUUAAUGGAGAGAAAGUAACCCUGCAGAAUGUCUGAAUUCUUGCAUUCUUUACCCUUCCAUCACUGUAUUGAUUUUUUUUUUUUUUAAAGACCCCAAACUCCAGCCUCACUUUGUCUUUACAAAAUGUGCACAGCAAAACACAUUUGGUCUGUUUUUAGAUUCCUGAAGAAUUUAAAUAGUCUUUUUAAAGACAUUUAAUGUGUUUUAAAGCUGGGAACCCAUUGGGAGUUCAUAAGUGCUGCAUAUACUAGGUAGCAAAA